UGUCUCACGUACUUAAAAAAUCAUAAACUGACAUGUCUCUCUGUCUCUCUCUCUCUUCUUCCCCGCGUCUGACUUCACAUUCUCUUUUUAAGAAAGCUUUGAUUAAUCAGUUGACAGUUUCAUAUCGAUCCUUCCCAAGUUUCUUCUUCUGGGGGGAGAGAAGAUUGGAAUUUCAUUUUCUUAUGUAUCCUCUGUCUCUUUGUUUCUGUCUCUUUCAGCAGACGUGAAUACUGUCUCUAAUUUUAAGGUAAUUCAAGAGUUAAACUUGAAGUAUCCUCUUCUUCUUCUCCUGUCUGCUUUUUUUUUUUUUCUUUUUUCUUUUCUUGGGUGGAAAUCAAAAUUGAGAUUAGAUCUGACUCAGCAACUUUGGUGGACUCAGAAAGACAAAACCUUUUUCUCUUUUCAUUGGCUGCAUGCCAAAAAAGGCAAUUGCUUUCGGUUGAUUUUGCUGAACUUGCCCAAUUCUGGAAACUUUGUUGCAAUUGCAAAUUUCUCUUCUUGGUUUCGGGUUGUAGUAUUUAGUUUUGAAAUCAGAUAAAGAUUCGGGAUUUGGUUCUCUACAGUCAAAUUCUCCAACGUGUAGGUAUCUGAACUGGUUGGGAUAGGAUUAAGUGGUUAGGAGGGAAUGAGAAAAUUUUAUAGGAAGCUCAGAGACCCAUUUGCUAGGGUGAAGAGACAUGUUACUUCACAUUCAGGGUUCAGAAACAGAAACUGGAUGUUCCCUUUUCUAGCAAGCUUGAUCAUGUGUAUCACACUCCUGUUGUUGUUUAUUUCUGGCCAAUUCGACGGCGGCUUCUAUGCGGAAGAAGCUCAAUUACCACCAUUAGAUGUUGUUGAGCCAGAGUCUAAUGACUACUUUGUAGAAUCAGGUUUCGAAAAAUCUCCGGCAGCUCAUGUUGUACAACCAGAGCCUCAUACUCCUCCUAGGUUAGCUUAUUUGAUAUCAGGAACCAAAGGCGAUAGUCAUAGGAUGAUGAGGACUUUACAAGCUGUCUACCAUCCUAGAAACCAGUAUGUUCUGCAUUUGGAUCUCGAGGCUCCACCUCGGGAACGGAUGGACCUCGCCAUGUCUGUUAAGAAUGAUCCUACUUUCCGUGAAUUGGACAAUGUUCGCGUCAUGGCUCAGUCUAAUCUUGUUACUUAUAAAGGCCCUACAAUGAUUGCUUCUACUCUUCAAGCCGUCGCUAUUUUGCUGCGAGAAAGCUUACAUUGGGAUUGGUUUCUUAAUCUUAGCGCUUCAGAUUAUCCUCUAGUAACACAAGAUGAUUUGUUACAUGUCUUCUCAAACCUGUCUCGGAAUGUCAAUUUCAUCGAGAAUAUGCAGCUCACCGGAUGGAAACUGAAUCAGAGGGCUAAAUCAAUCAUUGUUGAUCCUGGCCUAUACCUAUCAAAGAAAUCUGACAUUGCUUGGACUACUCAACGACGAUCACUUCCAACUUCUUUCAAGCUAUUCACCGGCUCAGCUUGGAUAAUGUUGACUCGGUCUUUCCUCGAGUACUGCAUUUGGGGAUGGGAUAAUUUCCCAAGAACAAUACUAAUGUACUACACAAAUUUUAUAUCUUCUCCUGAAGGAUACUUCCACACAGUGAUCUGCAACAGCAAAGAGUUUGUCAACACUGCAAUUGGGCAUGAUCUACACUACAUUGCUUGGGACAGUCCUCCAAAGCAACACCCGAGAUCUCUCUCCUUGAAGGAUUUUGACAAUAUGGUCAAGAGCAAAGCUCCCUUUGCGCGUAAGUUCCACAAGAACGAUCCUACGUUAGACAAGAUCGAUAGAGAGCUAUUGGGGAGGACACACCGGUUUGCACCAGGAGGAUGGUGUGUUGGAAGUUCAGCUAAUGGCAAUGAUCCUUGCUCUGUGCAAGGCGACGACUCAGUGUUGAAACCUGGACCUGGUUCUGAGAGGUUGCAGGAGCUUGUUCAGACACUUUCGUCUUAUGAAUAUAGGAGAAAACAGUGUUCUUGAAGUUAUCUAGUGAUCACCGCUAAAUAUAACGUUGUAUAUUGUUUUGUUUGAUUAUAUAUUUUGGUCUUAGA